AUGAAACGUGGCACUUGUGUCCGAUCACUUGUGGCGGUCGUGACUGGAAUUGUGACGGAUUCAAAGCGAGUGUUUUCAAGCUUCUCAGACGGCUCGGAUGGGUUUCAAUGGAAGCAGAGGUACCUUCAGGAGCGCCGGGAUACUGCGAUGGAAUUCCUCAGUGACUUAAAGAAGCGGGUUCCGAUUCAUGAUGCCAUUCGUCAGAGAGCCAUCAUCAACCGCAGUGCAAUAAAAGAGAUUCACUGCGCCAAAAUUUUUGAAGAUCUUAGCUCCACUGGCGACAUUCCUGCAGAUUUGAAUGAGGGUCACUCAGUGAUAGAUGAGCUGCUUGAUGACCUGUUGUUAGAUGAGUGCACAGCCGACCGAUUGCAGCACGUGGAUGUGGGUGAUGUUCCUCUUCUAGAAGGUGAACUUCUAGGUGAUGACGCUGCGGGCGAGGAGACGAUUCGGCGCUGGCUGAAGCUAAAGCGUGACACUGCAGAUUAUCAGAGCUAUGCUUCGAUUCCUGAAGGGGAACGCUCCUCGUGGUCUGCGUGGUAUCUGCGCCACAUCAAGCCAAAGGAUGAAAACUGA